AUGUCAAAUAAUAAAAAGAAGCAAUCAGCUAAAAUAAUAGGAGGAAUCAUUGUGACCAUAAUCAUAUCAUUUCUUAUUGUGGCAUUAUUCCUGAAGCCAUCAUUAAUACCACUAAUAGGGGCUUUUUUGGGAGUUAAAGCAAUUUUUGACGCCAUGAGUAGUGGUAGCUCUAAAUGAAUAACUUUUUAGUUAUUUAAUACACACAUACAUAAAUAAUUAUUUACAAUAUUAGAGUAUUGUAGCAUGGUUUAUAGUUCUAUUUAGUUAUUGUAUAACUAACUUAAUAAACUUAUAGAGAAC